AUGAGUGGUUUCCUCUGUGUAAGGAGUCUGACUCAGGGGAUCCCAGUUUUGUUCUCAGAAGAAUGUUCAAACCACCAGAGGUGGUCAGCUAAAGUUCAUCCCAGAGACAUCCGUUUUGGGUCAGUCACCAUCCACAUCUGCUCCCUGGUUCUGUUUUCGGUGGGAGUCUAUCAGCUCCUGGUCCAAAUAGAGACAAUUCCAGCACAAACUUAUGAAGUUGGGACAUUUGUGUUGCGGUGCAAUCCUUGGCUGAGAGAUGAUCCGGUAUACAUGGCACAGAAGGCGAGCAUAGAGGAGUAUGUUAAGAGUGAUUAUGGACUGGUAUACAUGGGCAGUUGUCAAAAUGUACAGAGUCGUGUGUUUGGAUUUGAGCAGUAUGACCCAGGAGUUCUAGAGGCAUGUCUGGCGCUACUGCAAGUCAGCCCACAGCACCAAGACAACAACCACGAAGACUACAUCUCAUGAGCAAACCCUGUGUACCUCUCUCUGGUCAUCUGUGCCAUGGUAAAUGCCAAUGAUGAUUUGGAAAUUCUGCUUGGAAAAUGGGAGCAUGACUACCGUGACGGUGUCAAGCCAACAGCUUGGACCGGAAGUGCUAAAAUCCUCCAACAAUGGCUCUCAUCCAAAUUCAAGCCUGUGCGCUACAGGCAAUGCCUGGUCUUUGCAUCGGUCCUCUGCACAGUUAUGAGAGUGCUGGGGAUUCCCUCCAGGAAGGUGGUGACAGUUUUCAAUGCAGCCCAUGACACUGAUGCCAACACCACCAUUGAAGAGUACUACACAACCAACGGGGAGAAGUGCUUGUCCAGAGACAGCAUUUGGAACUUCCAUGUAUGGGUGGAGUGCUGGAUGAGGAGAUCGGACCUUGGUCCAGGAUUUGAUGGUUGGCAGGUUGUUGACCCAACACCGCAAGAGAGGAGUCGAGAAAUAUUCCGAUAUAGUCCGUGUCCGGUUGCUGCCAUCCGUGAAUGCUGCUUUUCCGUGAAGUUUGACACCCCGUUCCUUUACGCCUCUGUUGACGGAGACAUCCGUUGUCUUAUUUUGCACAAUGGGGUUGUGGUUGGGCAAAAAGUGGAUGUGGGACAGCUUAUAUGCACCAAAAGCCUGCUGCAGCUCAAAGUUUUUCACUUUUUUUCACAGCAUGCAGGACGUCUCCUUGUUCUCUGCAGAUGUCCUUGUUGGGUGGAUUUCCUUCAUCCAGGCGAGAAGAUAGAGAAGAAAGUGUCCAUCAAGGCCACUUCACAUGCAACUAAGCUGCUAGUAGCUACUUUGUCACACAGCAACAACUACAUCACUGUUUCCAAGAGUUACCACAAAGUUUCUGUCAGGGCCCCAUGGUUAUGAAUCUAUUUUACCAACUCAACUCAAAUCAAAAUGUGAAUGUCUAAAUUCACUUAAUUAGAAUAUUUUAAAUAUUUGUAUAAAAAUUGUAUUUGUGUAGCUUUUUUAUAACAUAACACAAGAUAUAUGGCAUGCAA